CGGAACACAGUGAAAAUUACCAUCUGAAUUUCGUCGAUUUUUCUAAAUUCCGAUUCCGUUUUUUUCUUAAAUAGUGCUUUCAAAGAUAGUGCUCUCAAAAGGACUUCGAAAGAUAGCAGGAAGUGCCAGAUCCCCAUUUUCUGGUGUUCAUCCCAACAAGAAAACCCUACUUCAUAUUCAAGAAAGAGAGAGAAAACACCGUAGGCUUUACCUAGCUUUCAGAGCUUCAAUCUCUGCUGGAAAUGAGCGUGCAAUGAGAAAGUUUCUGGAAAUGGGAGCUAGUGUGCAUGGUAUCGACAAAAGGGGCUAUACUUGUCUUCACCAAGCAGUAUUAUGUGGAAAAUACACAUUGAUAAAACACCUGGUAGAGUACGGCGCUAAUGUAGAGCAAAACAGCUUUUUUCCCAUGCACAAGCCAAUUCAUUUGUGUGCUCGGGUGGAUUAUGAAGAAGACUGCUUAAAGGAACUCUUGAAAUGUGGUGCGCAACCAAAUGCCGUUGACUUCUUGAAAAAUACUCUGCUACAUGUAGUACUGAUGUACGCGCCCUAUAAGCGGCGUUAUAUUCAGAAACUUGUAACGAAGUACGGAAUGGAUCCAAAGGCGACGAAUAUAAGGGGAGACAACGCUCUCCACAUUAUAGUAGGUGCUGCAGCAUGCACCCCGAGGGAUAUCUUGUUUCUGGCGAAGAUAUUCAUGAAACGAGGGGUUGAUAUCAACAGUGUGAACAUAUUUGGUGAGACACCUUUACACGUAGCUUCCCGAAAUGGACAUCCGUCUGUAGUCGAUUUUUUACUUCGCGAAGGUGCUGCAAUGGGCAUAAGGAGCAACACUGGAUGGACGGCAUUUGAACUAUUGGUUGCUGAAGAUUAUCGGAUGAUGGACCCAAUCGUUAUCUUCCUCAAGCACUUCGCACUUAAAAAACGUUGUGGGGAAACUCUUGAAGACAGUGUUUCUCAAAUCAUCACAUCCGAUGUGAAGUUCCAAAAAAUAUAUAGGAAAUUCGAAAACGAUUUGAACCGUCUCCAAUCCACGCAGAUAGUCGAAACACAUCGGGUUACAGUCCAUGAUAUUCUAUGCUGCAAGAAAAGUGAGGUCGUCAUUUAUCUGAGAAGUGCUUGUGUUAGGGACAAUAUUGUAGCAAACAAGGAUUCCACCUUUUUCUGGAGAGAAAUAAGACAUAGAUUCUCGAAGAUAAUGAAAAUUAUUAGACUUGAGGAGGAAUCCUGUAGAUUGAUACAUCAAAUUUCCUAUGGUAGACUUCCGUAUCCAUGUCUUGAGCACAUAUCGAAAUAUUUGUCCGAAAGAGAUGUUAAAGUAUUGUCCUCAUCAUUAAGGACAAAGAAUCGCAAUCGAAGGAUGUUCAAAAAAAAAUAUUUUUGAAAGCUGAAAAAUAAGAAUUAUUUAGAUGCAUAUGAUAUGAGGUGUUACGAUCUGAAUCGAACUAGCCAAUUUGUCAUCGCCAGGACCACGAAAAGGAGAAGGUUCAACCGAAGAAGAGUA